CUGGCCUCUAUGCCAUUAAAGCCACUGCCUCUUUUUGGCUAUCAUCCAAUGAUACAGUCACUUGCAUUCUUGCUGCUCUUGCAAUCCAUCUUGACACUUCAACCCACGACAAAAUCUCGACCCAACGAAAAACAAAAAGCCUUUUCCGUUCACCGGCUAUUCAAUUUAGCUUUGGUACUUCCGUUGUUCACUGCGGGUGCAUCGAUCAUGUGGUAUUUGCACGAUCAACCAGGUUCAGAACAUUUCAUCAGUUGGCACGGUAUACUCGGAACAGCAGUAGUCGCAUGGACAUGGAUACAAGUUGCGGCCGGGAUCGCAUUCACUGCGUUUGACGGCAAGGCAGUCGGGGGAAUGCAACGUGCAAAAAACCUCUGGAAAUGGCAUAGAAUUUCAGGGUAUUUCCUGCUACCUACUUUUGCUUUCGUUCUUUAUUUGGGUGCCGCUCAUACUUCUUGGUCACAAAUGAACGCAAAUAGAACUCAUCAUAUUGCUGUCAUUGUAUCGCUUAUUGCAAUCCUUGCUGGACUCUUUGCUCGUGUGCAAUGGUCAAAAUUGCCUUCACUUUCUCAACCUUGAUCUGCUUACUGCUUCUUGCACUUCGCUUACUCACUUUCCCUCAGCUGUAUCAUAUCAUCGUAUGCCAAUCUCAAUUCACACAAUUCGGUUGUUUUCAUGUACGCCAGUUUUGAUUGAUGUUGAAUUACAGCAAAAUAUGGGAAAUAUAAAAACUGGUAAGGUAUUUGAGAAUG